AUGGAAGCCAUCUGUAAUGGAUCAGAGAACUACUCACUGGUCUUCUACCUGGUAGGCAUCCUGUCUCUGCAUGAAUCUUUCUUCCUCCCUGUCUUCUUGAUUUUCCUCUUAAUUUACCUGCUCAUCCUGCUGGGAAGCCUGAUCCUGUUGGCUGUGGUGGCAGAGCCCAGCCUCCACAAGCCCAUGUACUUCUUCCUGAUCAGCUCUGAGCCUUGGACAUUUACUGCAACCGUCGUCCCCAAAAUGUCAUCCUUAUUCUUACUUGGGGACCACUUCCUCAGCUUCCCUGCCUGCUUCCUGCAGAUAUACCUCUUCCAUAGCUUCUCCUGCUCAGAAGCCUUCAUCCUGGUGGUCAUGGCCUAUGACCGCUAUGUGGCUGUCUGCCACCCACUGCACUACCCUGUCCUCAUGACUCCACAGACCAAUGCUGCACUGGCAGCCUGUGCCUGGCUCACUGCCCUCCUCCUGGCCAACCCAGCAGUGGUGCAGACUUCCCACAUGGCUUUUGACAACACUGCUCACAUCUAUCACUGCUUCUGUGACCACCUGACUGUGGUCCAGGCCUCUUGCUCGGACACCAUGCCCAUGGGCUUCUGUAUCGCCAUGGCAGUAUCCUUCCUGCCCCUUGUCCUGGUGCUUCUCUCCUAUGCCCACAUCCUGGCCUCGGUGCUUCACAUCAGCUCCCGAGAAGGAUGCUCAGAAGUCUUCUCCACCUACAGCUCCCACCUCCUGGUGGUUGGCACCUACUACUUAUCCAUUGCCAUAGCCUAUGUGGCCUACAGCGCUAACCUGCCACUCGACUUCCACAUCAUGGGCAAUGUGGUAUAUGCUAUUCUCACACCUGUCCUCAACCCUCUCAUCUACGCGCUGAGGAACAAGGAUGUCAAAGCAGCCAUCACCAGAAACCAGGGCAUUGGAGGGACCCUUGAUUCUUAG